AUGUCAUCUUCCAUCGGAAACACCACCAACAGCACGCAAUUCAUACAGCCGGCUCAAUGCGCCAACUCGAGCGACGCGGUGCCGGCCAUGGUAUCCAAUGUCCAAUAUUAUAAUCUGGUCCCGCUGUACCAGACAAAAGACCACUACAGAGAUAUGAAGGCGGUCUUGCAGUCUUGCUGUCCGAGUGCGGUGUGGAUUACUGAGGAUCCGAACGCCUGCACGGCUGUCUGUGAUUCGAAGACUUCGGCUGAAGCUGAGAAAGUCAUGUACUGCUUGAAUGCUGAGAAGGUUGUUCAUGGGACCAAAAGGGAUAAGAGUUCUGGGGCAUUGGGGCGUCCCGCGGUGGGCUGGGUGUCUUUGAUGGUUGGGGGAAUGCUUCUGUUAGGGAUGGUUAUUUGA